AUGGAUGCUGAUAAUCAAACAAUCGAGAAAUAUAACAUCAUAUUUGACACUGUCACAAACAUCAAACGGAAUCUAUUCAAUAAUUCUGACGACAUAUUCAAGGUAACCAGAUAUUUAUACCACGAGACAAAACGAAUUAGUCUAGUUAUUUUUAAAUUUUUGCAGAACCAAUCAAUGUUCACUCUUCUAAGUUCACAUUGUGACAAUAAAGAUGUGAUCAAAUUUGCUGCUCUUGCUUUGGAAAGUGCUUUUGAUUAUUCUAACAACGAAUUAGUUAAUGGGUGAGUCAUCUGACUUUCAAAAUUCUAUCCAAAAUAGAAUUUCAGUGCCCCUCUUCAUUUGGCUAUCAAAGUUGUGCUUACUUUGAUUUUUAUCAUUGUUGGAUGUGUUGGUCUUGUUGGAAAUCUAUUCACCGUCAUUGUCAUAUUCAAGGUGAGAUAAUUUCUCUCAACUCUCCACGCUGAAUUUGAAUGAAUUUCAGACAGCUUCACUUCAUUCGCAUACAAAUUGCUUUCUGGCGAGCUUGGCAAUCAGUGAUUUCUGCCUGAUUGUUGUUGGAGUUUCAUUUGAUCUCAUUUAUAUUUGGAGAAAUGGUGAUCCUCCACCAAUUUAUGGUUAUUGCUCGUUUACAAGCACAACCAUCUCAUUAUUCACAUUUGCAUCAAUCUUGACAAUAGUCUCACUGACCGCGGAAAGAUUCCAAGCUAUAUGUUAUCCUUUCACUCACCGAACUGUUUUUGAUCGGAGAAGAGUGAUGAAAUUGAUAUAUACAAUCUGGAUCGUUGCAGCGAUACCAUCACUCUACAUCGGAAUGAAAUUCCAAAGAGUUUUGACUGAUUUCUGUGGUUAUAGUCAUCCGCAUCAAUUUGGAAGUUGCAGUCUUGUCACAAAUCCAGAUUCACCGCUGCGUUAUCCAGUAGAAACAAUCAUGGUUAUAACGUUUGUUCUCCCUCUAUUCUUCAUUGUUUUCUGCUAUUGCCGAAUCCUAGGUUCGAAAAAAGAAAAAAAAACAUCCAAACCAACAAAAAAUUACCAUUUUUCUAGCCACGUUGAAUGAGAUGAGUGCCUCAACCACAGUUCAUACCCCAGUCGGAACCACCGCUUCGGACAGCAUUCAAUUCCAAUUCUCAAGAUCAUCACAAAAUGCGAAUCAUAGUUUCCCGUUGACGGUUCACGUCAAGAAUUAUCAACCACCAAGAAGUCAACAAGCCCAAAAAAUGGUUAUCAAAAUGUUAUUUACUGUAACUUCAGUCUUCUUCCUUUGCUAUUUGCCAUAUCAUAUUCAACGUCUCAUUAUUCAAUAUAACAAAGAAUAUUGUAACAAUUCAACUUUUUGCAAAUUUCUUUUCUCUGUUACAGGUAAAAUGACACUUUCGGAAAAAAAAAGAAACAGAACCAUCAAAAAUUUGUAGGACUUCUUCAAUAUGUAUCCGCUACUCUUAACCCAAUAUUCUACAAUUUAAUGUCAUCCCGAUUCAGAAACGCGUUCAACAAAAUCAUCAAAGAUUUUCUAUCAAAAAGUGACAAAGAAUAUGGAAGCCUUGCCCGUUUAUAA